AUGUCCUCCCAGCCGCUCUGUGCCGUCUCCUGUCCCCAGCCCUGUGCCAGCGCCUUGAGCCAGCCCUGUGUCACCACCUGCGGGGACUCCCGGGCCGUCAUCCACCCCCCGCCCGUGGUCAUCACCUUCCCGGGGCCCAUCCUCAGCUCCUGCCCCCAGGAGAGCAUCGUGGGCUCUGCAUUCCCAUUGGGAAUGGGAAAUUCCUUCGAGCUGGGCGGNNNNUCCCUGGGCUAUGGGGGUCUGUAUGGAUAUGGGGGUUAUGGAUCCCUGGGCUAUGGGGGUCUGUGGGGCUAUGGGGGAUUCGGCUCUGGGGGCUAUGGGGGUCUGUGGGGCUAUGGAGGCUCCUCGCUGGGCUUUGGGGGUCUGGGGUCCUGUGGGGGCUCCUCCCUGGGUUACCGGGGUCUGUAUGGCUUUGGGAGAUCCUUUGGCUCCUGCGGCUCUCGGUCCUCCCGCUUCGGCCGCUACCGCCGUGGCAGCUGCGGCUCCUGCUAA